ACUGACUGCGAUAUAGUGCGAAGAAAACCGCAGGCAUCAUAAUGUGGAAGCCAUUGCAACUCAUCUAGCUAGCUGAUCCUUCCAUGGCUUUCCACCUUCCAUAUGAGCAAAGGGGCUCGAAAGCGGAGUCUGGCACUGGGAGAUUCGCGAAUCCGUGCGCCUCCGCCACGCCACGCAUGCGCCACACAUAUCUCCCUGGCUUUCCCAUCUUUCCCGUCUCAACAAAGAGGCCCGGCAAAAUAGCGAUUCACAACGACAAUCUGCUCUGGAUAGAACACCGCAAACGCUACUCUCUCAUAUCACAACACACACCAAACGGCAAUGAGCGCACCAGUCUUCGGCAACUCAGCCGCCCCGGUCACGUCACUUAGCGAUAUACGAACUUUUUCGCGCGGAGGGACCCGGUCACAGCCGGGACAGUGCCAGAAGUGUCUUGGCACAGGACACUGGACGUACGAGUGCACCAACGCCAGACCCUACGUGCACCGCCCCUCGCGCACAAAACAGCUCGGCAAAGGCAAAGACGGCAAACUCGCCAGCGAGCAAGUCCGCGGUUCCUCCUCCGCAUCCUCCUUGGGGCUACGAAAAUCUGGCUCAACGAAAGGACUGGCGGAUCAGAUAUUGAAGGAGAAGAAACUGGCACGGAAACGCGCGCGGAAGGGGAGUGAUUCGGAUUCGGACUCGGAUUCUAGUUCGGAUUCGGAUUCGUCGAGUGAUAGCAGCAGCUCAGAUUCGGAUUCGGACUCGGAUUCGGAUAGUGGGAAUGGGAGUAGUAGUGAUACUAGUUCGAGCAACACUUCUUCGUCGGAUUCAGAUUCGGACUCGGAUUCAGGUUCGGGUUCCGGCAGUGACUCGUCGCGGUCGUCGAGGGGAAAGUCGAAACGGAACAGUCGGAAAGAGAGUGGCGGACGUAAAGCUGAUGAUGGACGGAAGGGUGAUGACAGGAAACGUAGGAGGCUCUCGUGAUUGCCUACAUUAGCAAAUAUCGAGUGCUGGAAAGUUUGCGAGGGCUCCCAAUGUAGUGCACCAAUACCCAUAUUCUCUUGUGUCGUUCGGCGUCUCGGGUAGUCGGGAAAUCCAUAGCACUAUCCAAGCUUUCCGUUUUGUAAAUAAUUGCCAUAGUAUGCGCCGCUCAUAA